AUGUCGUCCAGUGAACAGCAAUUCCGCGAGUCUUUACGAUCUUUUCGUUGGGCUUCAAACUCUAACAACGAUAUAAACUCUAACAAAACUUCUACAUUCUCCCAAUUAACUGAGAAUACUUCAAAUUUUUUUGGCAAUGUUGGUAAUAGAGUACGAGGAUAUGUACCUCUAUCAAAUAAUACCGUCGAGGAAGAGGAGGAAUGGUUUACAUUGACUAGGUGGCAGAGAUUUGUAGGUUUUGGAGUUUGUAUGGCCGCCGGAGUUCUAUGCUUUUUAAUUGCUUUCUUAACUUUGCCCCUUUUGGCAUUAAAACCAAGAAAAUUCGCAGUAACUUAUACAAUGGGGAGUGUUUUGGUUCUAAUGAGUUUCGCCUUGUUGCAUGGACCAAUUGCACAUCUUAAACAUAUUUUUUCCCGUGAACGUAUUCCUUUCACUGUUGCCUAUUUGGGAUCAAUGAUAGGAACGUUAUAUUCUGCAAUUGGGUUACAAAGCACUCUUCUCACUCUUCUAUUUAGUAUUAUACAAGUUAUAGCACUUAUAUGGUACACUAUUUCAUAUUUACCAGGAGGAGUUGGUACAUUACAAGUGGGAUCACGUAUGAUUGCACGUCAAGUAUUACCAAUUUAA